CCCUCCUUGCAGCGUCCAAACUCUCCAUGGAGGGAGAGUCCUUUCUCCUCCAGCAUGAAGAAAUUUACACCGUUGAUCUCAGUCUAUCUUUCUUCUCUUCUCAACUCCAAUUCCUCCAUCUUCAACAGAUUCUACUCGUUCCGUUCUCUCAACAACAACAGGCCUUUCCCAGAUUACUCCCCCAAGAGGCCCACCAUCAAAGACUCUCAAUUCAUUGACAAUCUCUCCACCUCCAUUAAGCAUCGCCGCUCCGAACCCAUCUCCCGCAUCUUAAAACCCUUCGAAUCCCAAUUCAAAUCCGAUCACUUCAUCUGGGUCCUCAUGAAAAUCAAGAACGAUUAUCAUCUGGCAUUGGAUUUCUUCGACUGGGCGCAGGCCCGUAAAAACCCAUCGGUUGAAGCUCAGUCGAUCAUGGUGCAUAUCUCUGUUGCUUCCAAGCACCCAUCAACAGCUCGCAGCCUCAUUCGCAAGCUGUGGGUGAGGCCUGGUUUAGAAAUCUGUUCACUGAGGUAUUUCAUCGAGCAGUUGAUAUACACUUACAAGGACUGGGGUUCGGAUCCCCUCGUCUUUGACAUUCUCUUCCAGGUCCUCGUCGAGGCUGGAAUGGUUGAUGGGGCAAUGUAUCUGUUUAACCGGAUAUUGAAUUAUGGGGUGGUUACCUCUGUUGAUUCGUGUAACGUCCUCCUGGCCUGUUUGUCGUCUGAUCGGAUUGACGCGGCAUUGAAGGUCUUUAGCGAAUUUCCUGACGUGGGUCUUUGUUGGAAUACUGCAUCGUAUAACAUCAUCAUCAACAUUUUGUGUAAAGCAGAGAGAAUGAAAGAAGCCCAUGCGCUUCUCAGUGAAAUGGAGUUGAAGGUCUGUCCACCUGAUGUUAUUAGUUAUAGUACGGUCAUCGACGGGUACUGUCGAGUUGGGGAGCUUUCAAAGGCAUUAGAACUUGCUGCUGAGAUGGGUGUUAAGGGUUUGAAUCCAAACCCAUUUACUUAUAACAGUAUAAUUGUUCAUCUUUGCAAGACUGGCAAGGGCGCAGAUGCAGAGACGGUACUGAGGGAAAUGAUUAGUCAUGGAGUACUUCCGGAUAAUGUUGUCUUUACGACUCUCAUUGAUGGGUUCUGCAAGCUUGGGAAUUUGCCGGCUGCCUUCCAUCUAGUAGACGAAAUGAAGACCCGAGGACUCAGUUUCGAUGCUGUAACCUACACUGCACUGAUUAGUGGGCUUUGCCGAAGUGGGAUGAUGGUUGAAGCGGAUAGGAUCUUUCAGGAGAUGGGCAGUAAGGGGUGGGCCCCAGAUGAAGUUACUUACACCGUGCUUGUCGAUGGGUAUUGCAAGAACAGUCAGAUGAACAAGGCAUUUGAUCUUCACAAUCAGAUGGUUAGGAUGGGAUUGACACCUACAGUGGUGACUUAUACCACACUGGCUGAUGGACUAUGUAAACAAGGGGAGGUAGAAACUGCGAAUGAGCUUCUGCAUGAGACAUGCAGAAAGGGCCUAGUGCUGAAUUUAUGCACAUAUAACUCCCUGAUCAAUGGUCUUUGCAAAACGGGACAGAUAGAACAGGCGGUUAAGCUCAUGAAAGAUAUGGAGUUGGCAGGGCUCAAUCCAGAUACUAUUACUUAUACGACUCUGAUGGAUGCUUACUGCAAAGCGGGUGAGAUGGGUCGUGCCCACGAACUCCUUCGUGAGAUGCUGGAUAAUGGGCUCCAACCAACUGUUGUGACGUUUAAUGUAUUGAUGAACGGCUUUUGUACAUUGGGGAUGGUUGAAGACGGCAAGAGACUGUUGAGUUGGAUGGCGGAGAAGGGUAUCAUGCCGAACACCACCACAUAUAAUUCGCUGAUGAAGCAAUACAGUAUUAGGAAUGAUAUGCGGGCUGCAACUGAGAUUUAUAGACAGAUGUGCGCCUGGGGUGUUCUGCCUGAUUGCAAUACAUACAACAUACUGAUCAAGGGUCAUUGCAAAGCAAGGAACAUGAAAGAGGCAUGCUACUUCCAUGGUGAGAUGAUCGAGAAGGGGUUUAAGCUUAGAGUUAGUUCCUACAAUGCGCUCAUCAAAGGACUUGCAAGAAAGAAGAGAUUGGCAGAAGCCAGGAAACUGUUUGAUGAGAUGAGGGCGGAAGGUUCGACCGCAGAUAGGGAGAUAUAUAACAUUUUCAUUGACUUAAACUAUAAUGAUGGAAAUGUUGAAACUUCCCUUGAGCUUUGUGAUGAGACGAUAGAGAAAUGUCUCAUGGGUAAGAUUCAUGGGCAAGAUUCACUUGAUAACAUGAAGGAAAAGGCAGCGCAGUAAAUUAAGAUGCACUCCCAAAUUAAGGCUGCACUGUCUCACAUUAUUUUCCAUUACUGGAAGGCGAAGAUUUGUUCUCGGCUCUGCACCACAAAUUGCAAGUGAUUUGAAGUACGGUUGGAUGUUUAUGAGGUCCAUGACAUGAUAAGUUAUAUCGUAUGAUAUGUGGGCAGUCACUGUGCUUUAAAAAAAAAAUAAAAAAAUCUCAGUUUCGUUGAAGCUCUUGUGCUGCCCUGAAGGAUGUUGAAGAUUGUGGGCCCAAUUUUUCUUCCCCACAAAUAUUUGAUUCUCGCAGAUUUGUCUGUGUAGCACCAGCCUUCUGCACUCAAACAUUGAUACGCACCCCAUGGAUGUCAUCUCCGUGCAAAUCGGCUCAUAUACUCAUGUUCAUUUGAGAGAACCGGAUUAGUUUUAUGUAUCUUUAUCUCUCAGUCAUACUUCAACUACAAUUGAUGCUUGAGGGAAUAUGUAUCAUGAAGAAAAAGAAGAAUACGUAUCAUGAAGAAAAAGAAGAAGAAAAGAGGGACUGUUCGAGUAAACACACAUGCCAGCAGAAUAGCAGCUGAGAGCCCUAGACAAGAUUCAUACAUGUCAAGACUAGUACUUUUUUGUCCUAAAAUAUGGAUCUAUUGAGAAGCCAUCAAAUUAUUCCCAUGAAAAAAGGGAUGGGAGCAGUUUAUGGAUGCUGUAAUCCGAUCAAUUAAUAGUUGAUGGAUGGGUGAUAGUGCAACAAUCGAGACCAUUAAGCCAUGGAAGCAUCCUAUUAGUGGCCAGUUGAUGCAAAGUUGACAAGAACAGUCCAAUGCCCUUGAUUUUGGGAAUAUGGCCCAUCCAAAUCAUGAUUCAAGCCCCCAUCUAUCCGUUGAAGUGAUUGUCCCCCCUCCUCUCUCUCUCUCUCAUCAUUAGUGAUCACCAUCACCAUCAUCGUAUCAUGUGGGUUGAGCAAUCCAAAUUCUAUUUAAUUUCCCCAAUCAAGAUGGUCAAGACUUGUAUGAAUGAACAUGCAAAUGGAAGUUAUAUAGCUGGAGAUAGUUUAGAAAAUUUGUUCUAUACACAUGCAUAGGAAGGAGUAUUGGAAGUACCAUCACGCUUGUGCCUCGCGCUCAUACCUUCAGUAUAUUGGAUAUUAAUGAAGACAGAAGAUCCAGAACCAUAAAAUUGCUUCCCUAGUAAAAUUUCAUUUGUAGUUGAGAAGCUGACUGCUUUGAACAAGAGGAAUAAAUUGAAGUAUUGAAGAUUAGUACAUGGCGUUGUAAUAAAACACAGUUGAAGCUAAGAAAGAUGGAUGGUGCAAGAAGAAGACCAGAUUAGAUAUAUGCUGGGUUCUUCAGAGGGCAUUCAAAAUUGAGCCUCGAGUGCUCAAUGCAGAGGGGUAGAAUUGUCUAUUGACUUCAUAAACUUGAAAUUGUCUACUUGAGUUCAAGAUGGUACGUCCGAUCGCACCCUAAAGACAUUUCGAAUGAAGCUGUGGGCCCCACGGUAGGACGAGAAGGUGCAAUGGUGACUGUUCAUACACUGCAAAGGAUGAGAAGGUGCCAUGUCAUUGUCAUUGGUCCAGUCACUGUUUCUGACAUUCACAAUUAAAAUGCUGUGAGCCUGUUGUCCUUUGUAUUUGCUUUUUAUUUUAUUUUUAAAUUUAUGAAAUCUUAGGCUCACAUUGGAUGGGCGUCGCAAAAACUUCCAUUUCUUGUAAAACAAAGGGAGUUGCAGCAGGCUUUCAUGGUUGAAGAGAGACUCAAAUGCUUAGCAUUGACUGUGUUUGUGGGAAUUUUCUAAAUCAUGCCUGCUGGGCUAGAAUGUGGCCAGGCUCGUUCGUGUUCAAAUCACUGGCAGAAUUCUUCUCGUGGGGCGACGAGUACUAAAUAGAAUGAUAUUCCAUCAUGCCUCGGGGUACCUUAAAGUGCAUCGUUUUCAUGGAGGACAGCCAUUCAAAAUCAGAUGAACUGGACAAUCAUAGCCAUCUACUCAUCAGACUUUUUUCUUGUUGAAUGUGGACCACUGCAGACGUUCUUUAUUUAUCAUUUGUUCACAGGUUGUGGGCCCCCCCGACAAUGGACGGGUAUCGUAGUUUUCAAGCUUUCAAAAUGGAUGGUUGUAAAAAAAAUAAAAAGGUCCGAGGUCCAAAAUCAAUGGGCAAACUGAAUGUUUAAGAUCACCAGCUCACUGUCUGUUUUGGGCCAUGUCUUUCAUCCAUGGUAGGGACCGUGAUUGGGAUGGUCUCGAUUAACUUGUAUGUAUUGCAUGUAUACGUUGAAUAUAUGUUCUAGUAUAACUCAGGGUCUGGAUUCUA